GAGUAGCUGAUAUUUGUGAAUGACCUUGGCCGUUAAGAGAGAAUAAAGAUAGAAAGAAAGAACAAAAAAAGUGAAAGAUUCUAUCUGACAAAUUCCCUCCUUUUUCUUCUGCACAAUUUAAGAUUUCUGUUAUUAACUUCAACAUAAAAAUUGACACACACAUAUUGCAAGCUGACAUUUCUUGAAGUUCUCAAAUUCCCAUCAUUUCCCACUUUCAGGGCCUCUCUUCCUCUUUUACAGAAGAGGUCGAGAAGUUAGAGGGAGGAGGCCAAUGGAUUUUGAAAUCAACAGUUGGAUUGGGGAAAGGCUCCCCAGGCUUUUUGGUGGAGUCAUGCUAACUGCAGCCUUGCUCGGGGUAUCUACUAGCUAUUUAACAGGGAUCAGUCUUCCUACUACUCUGCCCCACCUUUUACCCAAUCUAAGUAAAAAGAAGCGUGGGAAGAAGCGUAUUCGUGUUUAUAUGGAUGGGUGUUUUGAUCUGAUGCAUUAUGGCCAUGCAAAUGCCAUAAGACAAGCAAAAGCGUUAGGUGACGAGUUAGUAGUUGGAGUUGUUAGUGAUGAAGAAAUUGUAGCUAAUAAGGGUCCACCCGUUUUAUGCAUGGAAGAAAGAGUUGCCCUUGUUAGUGGAUUGAAGUGGGUGGAUGAAGUAAUUGCGAAUGCUCCUUAUGCAAUUACUGAAGAUUUUAUGAACCGUCUGUUUACUGAGCAUAAGAUAGACUACAUUAUACACGGUGAUGAUCCCUGUCUACUUCCAGAUGGAACUGAUGCUUAUGCCUUAGCAAAGCAAGCUGGUCAUUACAAGCAGAUUAAACGUACUGAAGGUGUCUCCAGCACAGAUAUUGUAGGAAGGAUUCUUUCAUCUGCUAAAAGUAUUUCUCAAGAUUGCUCCAAUUUGUCUCUCCCUGGCAAAGAUGAUAAUAUGAACCAUGUACAUGCUGAGGAAAAAAUCUCGAAGAUCGAUCACAUAUCUAGUUUUCUGCCCACAUCUAGACGGAUUGUGCAAUUUUCGAAUGGAAAGGGGCCUGGGCCAAAUGCUAGAGUUGUGUAUAUUGAUGGGGCGUUCGACCUUUUUCAUGCUGGCCAUGUUGAGAUCCUUAAAAGAGCCAGACAGUUUGGAGAUUUUCUUUUAGUUGGAGUUUACACUGACGAGACUAUCAGUGAACUUCGUGGACAUCAGUAUCCAUUGAUGAAUCUGCAUGAACGCAGUCUUAGUGUACUUGCCUGCCGCUAUGUUGAUGAGGUCAUUAUUGGUGCCCCUUGUGAAGUGACCCAAGAUAUGGUAACAACGUUCAAUAUUUCUGUGGUUGUACAUGGGACAGUUUCUGAAAGAAAUUCUUCUACAGGAGAAAAACAUGAUCCCUAUGCAGUUCCUAAAAGCAUGGGGAUCUUCCGAGUAAUUGAGAGCCCUAAAGAUAUUACAACCACUUCAGUUGCUCAAAGGAUCAUUGCUAACCACGAGAUAUAUGUGAAAAGGAACAACAGAAAAGAAGCAAGCGAGAAAAAAUACUAUGCAGAGAAGCAGUAUGUUUCAGGCGAUUAAGCAUUAUAUUACAGUCUCCAUUAUGGCCUCUUGUAGCUGACUUGUAACUUAGACGAAACUGCUCUUUUUCAAGUUUUUUUGGUCCUGUAUUUGUAUUUGAAAGAUAUACACGUUCGAGGAGGUGUCAGGAUAUAAGAAGAAAUUUCAUAGUCAGAAGAUCUAGAUUUCUUUUAUUUUUUUAUUUUUUUGGUUGUAAUCCUCUUCGGGAGUGAUACCAAAGAUUUGAAACUAAUUUUCAACCUCAGAUCCAUAUUGAUUCUUGUAAGUUAAGAAACCGUUGUUCUAUUCUUAUUCUGCAGAGUUAAAUGUGAGUUCCAAUUUCAAAUUUAAAACCUUAA